AUACCUACUAAUCUGUAGUUAUCUCCGACAUUGUUUAUGUUAUGAAGUAGUUUACAUGACUGUGGUUGGGUUGUAUUUUUGGCAGUAAGAGUUUAAAUUUAUGGAAUUUCAAAAAAAUUAUGUCAGCAAACCCUAAGAGAACGGUUUAUGUUGGGGGACUGGCGGAGGAAGUGGACGACAAGGUGCUCCAUGCUGCCUUCAUCCCUUUUGGGGACAUCCUGGACAUACAGAUACCUCUGGACUACGAGAGCGAGAAGCAUCGCGGCUUCGCGUUCGUGGAGUUCGAGGCUGCAGAGGAUGCUGCUGCUGCCAUUGACAACAUGAACGACUCGGAGCUGUUUGGGAGGACCGUACGAGUGAACCUGGCCAAGCCGCAGAAGAUCAAGGAGGGCUCGUCGAAGCCUGUGUGGUCGGACGACACCUGGCUGCAGCAGCACGCCGGGGAGACCUUGGACAAGGGCAAGGACAAGGAUGUGGACCAGGACAGUGACUCCGCAGCGGCCAAGAGAACGGGAGAAACCUCCGACACGAGUGAGCCAGAGGCAAAGAAGUCAAAGAAGAACCCACAGGUGUAUUUUGACAUCAAGGUUGGCAAGACGAGCAUCGGCAGGAUAAUCAUCAUGCUGAGGCCAGACGUGGUCCCCAAGACGGCAGAGAAUUUUCGCUGCCUCUGCACCCACGAGAAGGGCUUUGGCUACCAGGGAAGCACGUUCCACAGGAUCAUCCCAGACUUUAUGUGCCAAGGAGGAGACUUCACGAACCACGACGGCACCGGCGGCAGGUCAGUCUACGGCAAGAAGUUCGAGGACGAGAACUUCACCCUGAAGCACACGGGUGCCGGCGUGCUGUCCAUGGCCAACUCUGGCCCCAACACCAACGGCUCCCAGUUCUUCCUGUGCACCGCGCGCACCGACUGGUUGGACAACAAGCACGUGGUAUUCGGCCAUGUUAUCAGUGGAAUGGAUGUUGUUAGGAAGAUGGAGAAAUACGGAACGAAAUCAGGGCAGCCAACAGAGAAGAUAGUUAUUGCCACGUGCGGAGAGCUGGUCUGAGUUCCUCAUGUGUGUGACCACCGAGUGGUGACUGAUGCUAGUGCGUUGUUGUCAGCAGAUAAACUGCUACACUUUCCUGCUCAUUUAUUUGGCUGAACAAACAAAAUGUGGUAGCAGUGAAAUGCUCAAACUUACCUUUUUGAUUCUUAUUGAUGGAACUUUAUUUCCGUUGCAGGAAUGAAUAAACAUGUACAUAUAAUUUUUUUUUUAUUGAUUAAUUGAUUGUUACAUAUGUUUAUUACAGCAUGUAAAAAAUGUAUUUUAUUAUUGAGUCUAAGAACAACUCCAGUUUUAUAAAGUUUAAUCAAAUUAAUUCACACAUUUGCUUGGCAUUGUUAAUUUUUGCCACAUCAAAAUUAUUGAAUGUACUGACUAACAUUUUGGUCAGCAAUGCAAUCACAAUAAUCACUGAGUAACUAACUCUGCUUUCCUGAAGAUGAAAUUUUGAUUUCCACCACCAUAUAAUACAUAUAUAUAUAUAUUUUCAAACAUGCUUUUAAAUACUUUUAUUUAAAGAUCCAAGUUAGAAUGGUACUGUACUCUCAAGUACAGUACACAUUUGUUAAUGAAUUAGAUCUAAGCAAACAAGACAAAUUUAUAUGCAUGUAUCUUUGUAGAGUUAUUAAUGUUACCUUGUAUCUCAUGCUUGGAUUGCAGUGGAGACCAAGUUGAAACCAGCAUCAGAGUGAUACUACCUGGCAAUUUAACAUUAAAUAUUAUUUUGUAUACCGUCAGAAGUUAAUUACAAUAAAUUUUGAUAAUUUUUUUA